AUGGUUCGCAGGACAACUGAUAAUUUUACCAUUAGCGAAGAAAUGCGCAACGAAGCGUUGAUACAGAUUGAAAACAUUUGCAUGCUCAUGUGCGGCAGUCUACUAGCGACAUUGGGAAUGCCAGCGCCAAAUCGUUCAAUGCACGAUGCUUUCAAUCGCGAGUUUCAACGGGAGCACCACUUUGAUCAAACUAACCUGGCCAAAAGAGUCCGAACAAUUGUGCCUCUUUUGAAUGCCGAGCAGAAGAACGUGUACGAUUCGAUAAUGCAGGUUGUUGACGAUGAAACGGGAGGCUUAUACUUUCUCGAUGCUCCUGAUCUUUUAAAAGCGCUUAACUGGCUUACCGCCUGGCAGUUGGAAACAACGGUCAAACGGGUCGAGCAACAGCAGCGUAAUGGGAAGGAUGCGUUUGAAACGCGUAACAAUAUCCAGGUCUUUGCUGCUCAAAAGCUUUCUAUAAUAUACGGCGAGCGUACCAUCUACUACGUGUUUUAUAAGUUUGUGCGCAGCCUGCCCGACUCUGCUGAGAAGCAGGUGCUGCAGCAGGUACUCUCCUUCUAUGGCGCACAUUUGGUCAUUAAGUACUCUGCUGUUUUUUACCGCGGUGGCUAUUUUCGCGAAAACUCGCAACAACUAGACCUGUACGAGCAGGGCAUCUUGGGUUUACUUCCCCUUCUGAAGGAUGAAGCCAUUGCUCUGGUGGAUGCCAUUGCCCCCUCUGACUUUAUUCUAAACUCACCCCUGGGAAUGAGCGAUGGAAAUGUCUACCAGCAUCUUCAACGCACGAUUGUUUCCACUCCAGGUGUAUACGAGCGCCUCCAUUGGUGGCGAGAUGUUAAUUUUAAGGACUACCUUAAGCGCGCCAAAUUGUAG